AUUAGGAGCCAACCAAAAUAUCGGCGACUUCUCCGAUAAUUUGAUUAAAGCGGCUCCUUGUCUGAGUCAUAAACAACUCCCUUUCCCUCUUCGCAUUUUCCCUCUGUUGUUCGUUGCGGUGAAUACUAGCUGCUGUAACUCUGUCAUCUUCUUCUUCAGACUUUCUUGUAAUAAACUCGUACGUUUCUACAUCACCUCCUCGUUUUCAUCGCCACCUCUAUAUAAGCAGAGAAUGGCUGCUAAAGUCUGUCACCAGGCUAUUGGAACUUUUCAGUCCGAGUCGCUUCUUAAAAAUUCUAAAAACCACCAAAAUCUUCGGAAGAACUCAAUAAGAUUGAUAGCAAAGGAUUUCAGCAGCUGCAAUAGCUUGUCAAGGAGAGCUGAUGAGAGGAAUUGUUGCAUAAUUCGAUCCUUAGCUUCUCAAACAUCCCUGGUUGAUCCAGUGUUAUCCCCUUCAAGAAGCAGCACCGGUGAUAGUUCCAAGAAAUCAAAUGAAGCAGCGUUGAUCCUUAUUCGGCAUGGUGAAUCAUUAUGGAAUGAAAAGAAUUUAUUCACAGGCUGCGUAGAUGUCCCGCUAAGCAAGAAGGGCAUAGAUGAGGCGAUUGAAGCUGGCAAAAGGAUCAGUAGCAUUCCCGUCGAUGUCAUAUUUACGUCUGCUCUGAUUCGUGCACAAAUGACAGCCAUGCUUGCCAUGACCCAGCACCGUCGAAGGAAGGUGCCUAUCAUCAUACACAGCGAGAGUGAGCAAGCAAGAGCAUGGAGCCAAGUUUUUAGUGAAGAUACAAAGAAGCAAUCCAUUCCAGUCAUAGCAGCUUGGCAACUAAAUGAAAGAAUGUAUGGAGAGCUACAGGGUCUUAAUAAGCAGGAAACAGCUGACAGAUAUGGAAAAGAACAAGUCCAUGAAUGGCGCCGAAGUUAUGACACACCUCCUCCAAAUGGUGAAAGUUUGGAAAUGUGUGCUGAAAGGGCAGUUGCUUAUUUUAAAGAGCAGAUUGAACCCCAGCUUUCAUCUGGAAAAAAUGUUAUGAUUGCUGCUCAUGGGAAUUCAUUGAGAUCCAUUAUCAUGUAUCUUGACAAACUAACUUCUCAAGAGGUCAUUAGUUUGGAAUUAUCCACUGGAAUUCCCAUGCUUUAUAUAUUCAAGGAAGGAAGAUUCAUUAGGAGGGGGAGUCCCAUAGGACCAACUGAAGCUGGAGUAUAUGCCUAUACUAGGCGUUUGGCUCUUUACAGACAAAAAUUGGAUGAUAUGUACUAGAAAUACAGGUAACGGGCAUGCGUUCUGCAUUAUCUGCAGAGUCACGGUAGAAUCUCAUAAAAAUGGAUAGGAAAGAAAUAUAUGCAAUCAACAUUACCAUUUUUCGAUUGAUUUGAAGUUAGAUUUUUGGACGUUUAAGUACAGUUUUGGGCCAGUGGUUUAGAAGACCUGUUUCAACUGUUUUGGUACUCAUCACUUAAGGACUGUGGUGGCUGAGGAAGCCUGUUGCAGAGGUUUAUGGCAGAUGAGAAUCUUAAUACCUUCAGCCGUCCGUUAAUAUAAUUUAUAAAUGUAAAUGAGUUGGAAUGUGAAUUAUUAUGAGUAUGUUAGCUGUUUCAUGAAACAAACUUAUUUUAUAACGUUUUCGUCCUGCGCA